UUUGUGUUAAUAAGAUGGAUGUUUGUAAUAUUUCAACAUAUGAGCAACUUCCUCCAGAGGAGCAGCUUGUAUUUAUUGAAAGCUUACUUCGUGUUAGCAAGCCAGAAGUCAAAUACAGAUUUCUAAGAAGAGUUCAAGAAAUUACAAAGUAUGAUAUAAUUAGUGACCUUCCACAAGAAAUUGUUGACAAAAUUCUUUUAUUGUUAGACUUAAAUACUCUAUUAAAGUGCAGACAAGUAUGUUUUUUAUGGGCAAAUAAAGUUCACAAAUGUGAUGAAGUUUGGUUGAAUUUUGUUAAAAUGUACUCAAUUGAUCCACAUGCAUUUUUUAUGCCACCAAAGCAAUCUAAUAUAAAUUCUAAACCUGAUUCUGCAAACAUGCAAGUGAUUGGUGAGCGUCUUUUUAUUUUGUCAUUGAGACCAAAUCAAAACUUUUUGAAUUCCUUAAACAGUAUGGCCUACACAUAUAUAAUGGGGCGCAAGCUCUUAGUAAAUUUAAAGAAUCAUGCUUGCUUUCAACUGAUAAUUGAUCAUGAUUCUCGUGGCAGUAAUGUAUCUAUGGCAAUGGAUUCUCAAAUAGUUGUUUACGCUCGUGAAGACCGCCAUAUUGUUGUAAAAUACAGUAAUUUUCCCCAUAAAAAAAUAUGCAUAUUUGAAGCUCAUCAGUGUGUUGAUUUAAAAAUACAUGGCGAUUUUUUGAUAACUGCUGGUUAUGACCGUACAAUUAAGAUUUGGUAUUGGAAAAAUGGUCAUAUGGUUGCAUCUUUAGAAGGUUCCAUAAAACCAGUGUACAGCAUUGAUAUCGCAGAUAACAUGUUAUUUUCUUCUGAUGGCAGACAUGUUAUUACAUGGAACAUGCAAACUUUUACCAUGUUGGUCAAAACGCUUUGUUUUGAAAAUGGUCACAUACAAGAAGUAAAAGUUGUAAACCCUUCAUUGAGCAAUCUCUGUAAAUGUUAUGAUAAUUACAUCCUGAUUACGCGCUCCAAUAGACAGCUGAAGGUAUGGCAAUGCAUGAAGUCGGGGGCUCUUUCUUUUCUUAAUGAUUUAGUUAUUCCCAAUUGCGAAGUGAAUAGUUUUCAGCCGUUUAUUUGUGUUCACAGAGAUGUUAUUGCAUGCUCUUCAGAACACGGUGUUUGUUUAUGGAGCUUGAUUGACUUUAAGCUGAUAAGAUGCAUUCCGCCGAAACUUUGUCAUCCAUGUGCUUUUAAUCAACUUAUUUCAUCCAAACAACCGACAAAUUGCCGUGUCAUUUUGCUUUACUACUCGCACAAUCUCACGAUGCAAUAUUUAGUUCAUAAAAACAAGUUUCAGAUGGCUGGAGUUCAAGAAAAAACUAGGUUAAAAGUAAACUGGAAAUUUCCGUCUGAUGAAAAAUGGCCUUGGUCUCAUCGUAAACCUGGAAUGGCUUGCUCAAUAUUAAAUGCAGAAAAUGGACUCACGACUAAUGUAAAAGUCUCCAUGUUUGUUGCUACUCAGGCAAAAAAAAUUUACUGCACUUUUUUUGAUGCGUCAGAUUUUGACUAUACUGUUAUAGAUGCUUCAAACAUAAAACUGUAAUUUAGUA